AUGGGUCUUACAGCCAGCUGGCCGUCAACUCGAUCGUAUCACGACCUCUACACUCAAGAUCUGGCUUCCUCCCUCGCUCAAUCUCCUAUGGGCGACGCUUACAGGAUCGAUGUCUUGACUUGGGAGCUUGCAGACCAUCCCGAGUUCAAAGCUGCUCUUGAGGGGCUGGUGUAUACCCGCAGGGCCAAGGUCCGCCUCAUCGAGCCUAAAGCUGAUCUUGGGACAGCCCAAGGUUUGGGAAGUGUACCUUUCCGAACUGAAUCCUGUGGCCACAUUCCACCCACAGGCCGACCUCGAAAGUACUUGGGUCCCUCCGCCUCAGCAUCCUCUGGGCAACCAUCCUCUCCCCUUUGA